AUGAGUUCCUUAACACAGGAAACUGAGAGGGAAGAGCUGGUGAGCAUCUUUCGGCACAUGACAGACAAGGAGUGCUCCUUCUUGCGGGAGCAUGGUAUACUGCCCGACACCCAACCCUACCAGACGAUUGUGGAAGGUGACGAGGGCUUCCAAUACUGCAAGAAGUACUUCUGCGGCAAAAAGAAGGUAACUCCUCCAGUGUCGACGAUCGUGGAGUUCCUCUGCCCGCGUGCGUUGGUGGACCAGCUCUUCGCCAUGUCGCUCUGA